UAAAAUCUAGCCUGCAUCUGAUAUGUCUCGGAGUCUCGGUGUCUCGGGCUCGGGUAGGAUGACGCAUACGCGCGUCGACUGACAGAUUAAUCAACAAUCGUGGUACUGGGCUGUUGCGGGAUGCAUUGGGAGUAGUCCGUCGGCGUUGUUCUUCGAUCACAGUGCCGCCGAUCUCGAUAAUCGUGCGAUGUGAAAGAAAAAGAACGAAAACGCCACGUGCAUCAGAUUAUCUGAAUUUGACAUAUGUAACGUAUAAACUCUUCCGAUAUUGGACGACAACAAAGCAACAGACCAUAACAACGAAGCAUGGAGGGAGUCGUAGCGGAAAACUCCGCUAGUACUGAAAUGAACAGGUCCGAAGACGAGAUAGCCCUACAAGGAUGUUGCAGUCCCAAGAGAAUGCCCUACCGAUUUUUGGGCCUGGCGCUCAUGUGUCUACUCGGAUUCGGAUCGUACUUUUGUUUUGAUAAUCCUGGAGCAUUACAGGAUAAUUUUAAAACUGACUUACACAUGUCAACUAGCACAUUUGUUUUGCUAUAUUCCAUAUAUUCCUGGCCGAAUGUCAUUUUGUGCUUUAUUGGUGGAUUUUUAUUGGACAGUGUCUUUGGAAUUCGGUUAGGUACUAUGAUAUAUAUGGGACUCACGUUGAUUGGCCAAAUCAUUUUUGCAAGCGGUGCCUUUUUUGAUGCUUUUUGGCUAAUGAUGCUCGGCCGAUUUGUCUUUGGAAUCGGUGCAGAAUCAUUGGCAGUUGCCCAGAACAGUUACGCAGUCCUUUGGUUCAAAGGUAAAGAAUUAAACAUGGUGUUUGGACUGCAAUUGAGCUUUGCGCGAGUAGGAUCGACCGUAAACUUUUUAGUAAUGGAGCCAAUAUACAAUUAUGUAUCUAAAUAUUAUAAGGGCCCAGAGUGCAUCGGCGUAGUUCUCUUUCUCGCUGCUGGAACUUGCGUAAUGUCGAUGAUAUGCGCGUGUAUAUUAGGCUUCAUGGACAAACGCGCUGAAAGAUUGCUCCGACGAGGAGAGGGACAAGAACCGCAAGUUGUUAGUCUGAAGGACGUCAAGGAUUUUAAGCCGAUCUUUUGGUUGAUUGCGCUCAUUUGCAUUGCUUACUAUGUUGCAAUAUUCCCCUUUAUCGCUUUGGGAAAAGUAUUUUUCGAACGGAAAUAUGAAUAUGAUCCAUCUGCUGCAAACACGGUGAAUUCUCUCGUUUAUUCUAUAUCGGCGAUAUGGUCACCUGUGUUAGGUUACUUAGUAGAUAGGACAGGGAAAAAUGUAUCAUGGGUGUUUAUUAGUAUCUGUGUGACUAUCCUUGCACAUGGAUUGCUCGCAUUUACCUAUUUGAGUCCCUAUGUGUGUAUGGUUCUCAUGGGAUUAGCAUAUUCCAUGCUCGCUAGCAGUUUAUGGCCUUUAAUUGCUCUUGUCACACCAGAGCAUCAACUUGGUACUGCUUAUGGAAUAGCACAGUCUGUACAAAAUUUAGGUCUUGCUGUAGUAUCAAUCGUAGCUGGCAUAAUUGUUGACAAAGGAGGAUAUUUAAUGCUCGAGAUGUUCUUCCUCGGUUGGCUUUGGGUUUCGUUGAUAACCGCUGGUGCAAUCUGGGUAUCGGACAUAGCAACAAGCAGUGGUUAUCUCAAUAUGACACCAGGACAAAGAGAACGAUAUGAGACACUUCGAUGUACGCCGGAGAGUUUAGAACGAGAAAAAUUAUUGUCGUCGGAGUGUACAUCGGAUUUCUCAGCGGAUAGUCUUAUGCAACCACAAUCUGAUAUCAGUAUACGAAACCGUUAUUUGUCUCGCAUUGGUGCAAUGGUAAAUCUAUUUUAA